AUGCUAGAUUCAUUGAUUGAUGAUGCACCACCAGGAACAGUUGGACGCUGUUCUAAAAGUGGUUGGGUAGAUACAAAUUUGUUUAUGGAUUUUAUAAGACACUUUGUAAUACAUGGAAAUUGUAGCACUACAAAUAAGUGUUUGUUAAUUCUUGAUGGUCACAAAUCACACACCAAAAAUCUUGAUCUUCUCAAUUAUGCUAGCAUAAAUGGAUUGCAUAUUUUAUCAGUACCACUACAUACAUCCCAUAAGCUUCAACCACUUGAUCGAACUUUGUUCAAAUCUUUGAAAAGUGCUUAUAACUUAGUAUGCACAACAUGGAUGAGAAAGCACCCAGGAAGAAGAAUUACAGUUGAUAAACUUUCAGGACUAUUUUGUCAAGCUUAUGUGAAAGCAGCUACAGUGGAAAAUGCUAUUGCUGGAUUUUGA